CGCCUAAGUAUUCCAUCUCUCUCCAACUACAUUCAACUCCUCGUCUAGACUGCACGAACUGUUUGUAUCGCAAGCUCUAUUUGCUUGUUGCACUUUUUGAAUAAAUCAUACAUCAUCGACUUGGCACUACUCUGCGCGACUUUCACAUUAUCUUGAAUCAAGCUCAAUCGACGCAAUUGCUAACAAUAAACAACUUGUCAUUGGAUCUUCAACAUGCGGCUUCCGCCUUUGUUUUUUACGACCGGCUCUGCUUGCGAUUAGAGCCCGCAGCAGUUCCUUACUCUUGCCAACAACGACUCGCGGGAAUGCUCUUCUACGCGUUCCUCGAGUCUGGAUAUAUACAGUGACACACUCUCCAUUACUAUGAAUGACUUCUCCCAGCAGGAGCAGCCCACCAGUGAUACCUUCGAUUUCUCUGACAAUGGGGCUCUCCGACCGCCACUCAACCCCCAAUUUCAACCCCGUUUCCAACCGCAACCGAGUCGUCAUGGCGGUGGCGUCUUUACCGUCGGCUCAUCCGACAUGGCUCACAUUGCGAACGUUGACCGCAAUGAGUACUCGGACGAAGACAUUGGAAUUAUGUACGAAAUAGUCGUCAGGGCCGAAACCAUCCUAGCUGAAGAUCUCACACCAUCUACCGGGCUCCCAAUACAUGCGCUUUUCCUUGCUUACGAGGAGAUUAUCGCGGAACAUGGCCUCGAUCCCAGUGAGCGUCAUAUCAGUAAGCUGGUCUUUAUGGUCGGCUAUAUCAAGAGCGAGAAGUCCAUUAUGGAUAAAUUCAAAGCAGUUAUGGCUCAAAUGAACAUAACUUUGGCAAUUGAGGAGCCGCCGGCCUCUGACAACGGACAUGGAUAUCGUGAAGGCUCCUAUGCUGGUAGCGAUUCAGAGGACUUUCGUAGUACCGAUGACGAGCACACUUCUAUUGCUCGCAUGAGCGAACCCGAAAUUGAUGAUCAUAGGCCUAGCUCUGAGAAUGUGCCAGGUCUAUCGACGGAGCAACUGAACUCGAUCAAAGAGACACAUCUCGCUGACACCGCCCUCGCCUUUGAGAAGCAACGACAUGCUCGCUCUCUGGCUGUGGCCACACUUCGUCGAUGGCAUAACACAGCCCACUAUAUCAAUUAUCUGCGCGGACAAUCGGACGCGAUACGUAGAGCGGAGUUGAGUCAAGCGCUUGCGGACAGGUUCCAUAGCUGGAGGGCUCUUGCCGCCGAGGCUGCGCAAGCAGCACCUAAUCGCGUACCCCAAAACGCGUAUUCAAAGCGUACGGAGAGAAUUGCGAUUAGGGCACACGACAUCUUGUUAACAAAGAAAGCUCUGCUAAAGUGGCGGCAAUCAGCGCAAGCGGAAUACCGGAGAGAUAGAGAGGCCAAAUUACAGGCACAUCGUUUGGCCAAACAAGAAGAGUAUGAGGACGAAGAUUUUAAGGACAAUCCCGAACUUGCUCGUCUUGCACAAAGAGCCCACAAAAAUCUGGUUUUGUCGCAAGCUUUUACGAAAUGGUCAAACAGAGUUGAGGAAGAAGCUGCCAAAGCUGAAGCUGCUUCUAAGGCUUACGAAAUGAGCUUAAAAGCAAAGGCUUUGGGGUUUGCCAGAAAUCGUUCCGCUAUGGAUGAGAUGAGAAAGUUAUUGGCCAGCAAAACGAACGGCGCCGCUGAUUCUGCCGCCAGUCAGACAGCCGCUUCUGGUACCAAGCAGCCUGAACCGGCGGCUCCAGCUGUUGUGAAAUCUGAUGCUCCUGUACCGGUUGCUUCUACAUCCCGUCCUCCACUAGAACGGCCGUUGUCUUCUGCAGCUAUUACCACUUUACUUCAAAGCAGACGCAACCUUGCUGAGAAACGACCUACUUCCUUGGUGGCGCGACCAUCUACUGUGAUUCCUAUCCAUACUGCAGCACCUACCACUACCCCCAUUGAUGAGCCCGCCACAGGUACUACGGCUACUUCCGCUUCACCGGUGGAACCUGUACCUGCCGACAAGCCCGCCCCAGAUGCUGAUAAAUCUGAUGAUGAGCAACCGGAUGAGCGGACUAUGCUAGCCCGAAGACACAUAUUGCGUAUGAGGUAUUUUGGUGCCUGGGAGAGGUACACCAAAGAAAAUGUUGUGAAGGUGGAACAGUUUGAGCAAGAGAAUCAAGACCAACACGUUGCAAGCUCAGUUUCAAGAUGGCGCAACGAAACGGCUUCUCGACAACAGCAGGCUGUCGAGUGUAAUAUCGAAUUUGUUCAGACACAGUGCUACCAAAGGAUGACACAAAUAAUUCCUAAAUGGAGAGAAAAGACCAGCCAAGAAGCAUACCAUCGAGGAAAGGUCCUCGAACACUAUGCCGAACGAGCCGAAUAUUACCAGAAAAUCACGAAGUCGCUUCCCGUUUUAAGAGAGAAAGCAGGGCAAGCUGAGCAGAAAGAGAAGCUGCUGAGGACUUACGCAGAACGUACCAAUUAUUACAUGAGAACUACACAAGCGUUAUCAAUUUGGCGGGAAAGGGCACAUGAGGUAUCACAAGUGCACCAGCUUCAUCAGAGUUACGGGGAGCGGGCCGAUUAUUACUACCGAACCCGAAGCACUCUUUCUACGUGGCAACAUAGAGCCAAGCAAAAACGAAAGGAGAGGCUGAGGGAAGCACAUCUAGAGACACGCCGCAUGGUCAAAAAGAAUAUGGGGGAACGUUGCAUCAGACAAUGGCGCGAAAAACUGGAACCAAGUUACCAGCGCUUCGAAAUCAUGAAUGUAGCCUUGGUAGAAGCCCUUGAGGAUCGUGAGUGGACACACGCGUCCCGGGCCUUCAACACGUGGCGACUUCGGGCUCAAGAGCGAAAAGAAGCGGCAAAUACGGGCGAGGCUAUGCUCAAGCAGAAAGCUCUAGAGCAAUGGCGAGAGAAGGCAACGUUGCAUAGAGAUUUGGAAACAGAGGCUGGAGAGCAUUGGGAAGUAAGGGCAAAGUCGCGGGCGCUGAGGAAUUGGAACCUUGGCUCCCUCCAAGGUGCGAACCGACCAGAAAUGGUUGCCAACGCACUAGAGAAGAAGGAAAGAAGACUUCUACGACAAGGGUUUGAAACAUGGUAUGGACGAACAGCGGACAAACUCGUCCCUGUUGAACUGCCCAACGGGACGUACAGAAACGUAGGUCAAGUAGUUGAAGGUGCGCAACACCAGGCUGCUCAACACCAGGCCCGGGGGCUUCUACAGAGAUGGAAAGCGGCUGCAGCAGACAGCGGGGCGAGUAAAGCGCCAGAUGAAGCAUAUGCGCCAACACCUGGGCGACCACAACUCUUCCUCGGGUCUUAUGGUGGGAGGGAGACCACGACACCCCUUGCACCAGUGCCGAGCUAUACUCGUUGGCAGGCUCGUGAUUCGACGAUGGGCAGGUCGGAAUAUGGAGCAAGAGUUGGUCGUUCAGAGCGCACAAAGAACGCCAAGAAUCUUCGAGUUUCUUGGGCGACUUAGGUGGUAGAUGGAUCAAGUCCAAGUACAUUAAUCUGUUUCAAAUCUGUAGUGAUGAAUCUAGGUGUUCUGGCUACUUCAACAUGGUUAUAUAACUUGAAGCCGCUACAAUAGAUAAUAAACCACCAAUGAGAAGACCUCUGUUGCGUUGACGUUGGUGAUUACCGUACUAGAUCGAUCCUGCCUAGCCGCUCAAACGGUUACUCAAUUGCUUAGGUUGAAACUAAUAAGGAAUACUGCAUUCGGAACGUGUAUGUGCAAUAAAACGUUUAGAACUGCUGAACGCUUGAAGAUGUGUUGGAGGUAGGUAUUGUAUUUCUUCGGAUCGCAUACUCACGUCAUGUUGCAGUUUGCAGACUCGGCACAUGCACUGAUUGGUGCCGCCUCGGGUCACCCGUCGUCGGACUUAGCUAACCUCACUUAAUUACUUG